AUGGACCACCACCGCCCGCACCCCACCUCCGUCUUCGAAGGCUACUACAGCAAAUUCUCCCUCCCCUCCGGCGCGCACCUCGCCCUGGUAAUCUGCAAAAUCAGAGGCGCACCCUCCCGUUCCAAUAUGGUCUCCUUCACAUACGUGCCCAGAAACGGUAAAGGAAUCUACCAAAAGGAAAUCUGGGCCGAUAGUUUGCAGAUGGUUUCCGAGGACGAUUCUCAAGGUCGAGCUAAAGGAAAGGGAUUCAUCUUGAACGUGCCGAAUCUGGGAUUUGCGAAGUGGGACGCAGACGGGAGGACGACAGAAUACGAGUUGUGGAGUGGGGAUUUUACUUUCAAAGCAAAGGCAAGGAACCCAACCCCCUGGUCGACCUCGACAAACACCCCCGAAGCCCUCCUCGUGCACCUCCCCCUCCCGCUACACUGGCAUGUGCAAAGCCUCGACUCGGACGUCUCUUUCGAGCUAGAUAUCCCCAGCAUCGACGUUCCUCCCGAAGAUCUUUCGGGUCAGGCGAAAGUCCACGACGAGAAGAACUGGGCGCAUUCGUUCCCCUCGGCGCAUAUGUGGCUGCAGGCGAGAGACUACGACAACGGGCGAGGGUUCUGCUGCGCAGGAGGCCAGAUUCUGGGGUUGGAAGCUUUUCUACUAGGCUACCGCAGCGAAGAUCUCAAUCUCGAUUUCCGACCUCCCUUCGCGGUGCGGCUGGCGGGUUUGUCUCCCUUCAUGACGUACUCGACGGACUGGGAGAACCGGACAUUCCAUCUGAGCGUGCAGAGUUUCCGCCAGAAGAUCGAAGUCAAGGCCUCUGCGCCGAAGGGGACUUUCUUCUCGCUGAGCGCGCCGUUUCCUGAGGGGUUCAGGGUGAAUUAUCUCGGACAGAGUUUCAAUGCUACGAUUGAGGUCAAGGUGUUUGAGAGUGGAUGGUUCGGUCCCUGGAGACUGGUACGAGAGGAUCGAUUUGAGGAUGCGAGUUUGGAGUUUGGAGGGGGUUAUUAUCCUCCUGCGGGGAGUGCACAGCGGUUUAAUUGA